AUGGUCGAGGUCAAUGCGAUGCCGGCCCAGCCGGAUCCUCGGCUGCGCGGGCACGUCAAGUGGGACCAGGUGGCUGGCACAUCGGUGCAAGUCUCGCACCGCAUCCGCAUCCACCACCUGCUGGCCUUGCUGCUCACGAAGACACUCGUGGCAUCUGCGGCAUGGCUCACGAGACAGUGGCUCUUGGUACCCCAGGUCGAUGCGGAGGAAUUUGCGUCGCAGAUGAGGGACAUGGUCGGACAGGAUGCACCCGUGGACGAUAACAUCGUUCACGCUCCCGCGAGUGUGUGGGCCGUAGCAACGAUGGCCACCUCCUUCGCCGCGCUGCUGCUUAUGGCCUCACUGCGGGUCUGGCGCUGGCACAUCGGAUGGACGGACCACACCCUCCGGCACGUUUUCAUGCUAGGCGCAUUUUGCGAGCUCUGGAUGCGUGAUCUCCAGAUAGGCCGCCGCUGGACCAAGUCAGGUGGCCCCCUCGUGGCGAUCGCUCUCCUUCUGAGUCUGGUCGUGGGCCUCCUCACCGGCUCGGCUGUCACGUUGCGUCGUCCGUUCGCCGACACACUCGACGAUGCGGCCUCGCGUACAUUGAGGCUAACAGCCAGUCUGCAGGACCAGGUCAACACGUGGAACUUACUGAUGGGGUAUGCGUCGCUGCUGGGCUAUGCGGUCCUAUCAAUCGAGUCAGGUCGUCUUAUGUUUACCGCAUCCAAAGACGUCGGUGGCCGCCGUCGCGCCAUGGUGCUGGGCCUGUCCAUGAUCGCCUUGGUGGUUCUUCCGCUCAGCAUCGCUGGAGCUAUGUUGGGCUUCAAGAUGCUUCCAGCUCCAAUGGUGCCCACGCAUGAACCCACUGCGCAGGACGCACUCGAGAUCAGCCACUUGGGAGCCUACUUUGUCCUGGCCGUGGGAGUGCUGGUGUUCGACAAUCUGGUGACUUUGACAUUGGAGUCGUAUGUCACAUUGAUCGUGUAUGUGGCUCAUGCCUGGCCCAUGGCCAUCGUGGCUGCCAUGGCCAUUGGUUUCGCGGUAUUCAAUGUGAAUGUCAAUCUGAUCCAGCUUGCCACUGCCAUGUGCGUUGGCUUCUCGCUUUAUGCCAUUUUGCGUCGCUCACCUCUGUACAUGACCUCCUGGUAUCGGCGCGUCACAUUGGCAGAGCAACGCGUCGCUAUGGCAGGAUCCGACACUGACAGUACGGCUCUGUCAGACAUCGUGGUGCUUCUGUACCGCGUCUCCAUCCAUCUCCGCCGCAUGGUACAUGCGAUCCUGAAAAACAGCGAUUCACGGCGCAUUUUUUGUUUCCUCGUCUUAAACUUGGCUUUUAUGGGCAUUCAGCUGGUAUGGGGCGUGUGGACGAACAGUCUUGGCCUCAUCAGCGAUGCCAUCCACAUGUUUUUUGACUGCGCUGCCAUCUUUAUGGGCCUAGUCGCAAGUGUAAUGGCGUCCUGGGAGACAGAUGAAGCCUUCCCUUUUGGAUACAAGCGCGUGGAGACCUUGUCGGGCUUUGCUAAUGGCAUAUUUCUUGUGCUGAUCAGCGUCUUUAUUUUGUUCGAGGCCAUCCAGCGCAUCAUUGAACCGCCUGUUAUGAACAAUGUGACGCAGCUUCUCAUCGUCAGCACGCUGGGCUUGCUGGUCAACCUGUUCGGUAUGUUCGCGAUGGGCCACCACCACCAUCAUGGCCACCAUCACCAUCACCAUGGCCACUCGCACAACGAUGAUCAUGGUCACGAUCACCAGGGGCAUUCUCACAACAUGCUAGGUCUGUAUCUGCAUGUAAUGGCGGACACGCUAGGGUCUGUGGGUGUGAUUAUCAGCACGCUGCUGAUCCAAUACUUCCAUUGGACGGGGUUUGAUCCGAUUGCCUCGCUGCUCAUUGGCCUCAUGAUCCUGGGAUCCGUGGUCCCUUUGGUUAUUGAUUCGGGCCGCAUACUGUGUCUAGACUUGAGUUCCAUGGACACAGACGGCAUUAGGCAUGCUUUAAACAAGGUGUGUGAGAUCCCUGGCGUGGCAGGCUAUACCAGAGCACGCUUCUGGCCCUUGGAUGGCGAGUCUAUGGUGGGCUCUAUUGUA